AUGUCUAAAGAAGAAAUAGGACAUCUUUAUUCACACUUGAUGAGUAAGGGUUUCAUUACAACAUGGGACAUAUGGAGAAUUCUACUUCUACCUUAUGACCAAGGACCGAAGUGGACUCAAAAGAAGGAAAAGAUCUUUGAUGAAGUCGGUCCGAAAUCACGUGCAAUGGGACUCACCAAGGAAUUCAUUUGGUGGGGAUCGAAUUAUAUAGAAAACAAGCUUUCUGAUGAUUUUCCUCUUUCCUAA